GUUUUAUUUACCUUUCAACUUUUCCCUUACAGGUACAAGAAAAAAGUUGCAUGCGAAUCAAUUUUUUCCGAUAACAACACCGAGGUGUUAUUCUUCCGUGAAGAGAACACUGAUUUUAAUUUACCUAACGCAGAGUUACUUAACUAAUUCAAAAUGGCGUCAAAAAAAGUCAACACAACAUCAGAAGUAGGAAUUCAUGAUAGUGUUUUAGGUGGAACGUUGCUUGGAAUCAACUUUUUUAUCAUUCUACUUAACGUACUAGCAAUCAUGGUGAUAGUUCGAUUUCGACAUAAGAACGCGAUAGAUAUAUUUGUGUUAACGUUAGCCAUGACUGAUUUACUAAAAGGGAUGAUUCCAGUUCCAAUGUCAAUUUAUAUAUACAUGACGGACGCUUAUCUUAAAGUAGGAACUGUUGGAUGUAAUUUCUUUGGUUGGAUUGCUUUCUUUACAAAUUCAGCGGCUAUGCUUAUAUUGACGCUCAUGGCAAUUGAAAGAUUCUGGGCAGUGGUCAAACCAUUCGCCUAUAAACGCUGGGUGACAACAAGAAAAGUUCAAAUCGUAUCUGCAAUUGCUAUGUUGAUAACAGCCUUUCAAUCUGCAUUACCAGUUAUUGGUGUGGGAAGGAUGCUACCAUACAAUGACGGGGCGUAUUCUCAUUUCGAUUACUCCAAGCACUCCCAUGGGACGAUGGCAUAUUCCAUUUUCAUUAUUAGUUAUGGCUUUGGAAUGAUCGGCAUAGUUAUGGUGGCGUAUGGUUUUGUUUUUUAUAAAAUUCGCGACCUCAUACGCCGACAUAGAAAACUGUCGGCACAUCGAAAAAAUGGGAGUAAGUCACCGAGAGGGCUUAAUUUAAAAACGGAGAAAAUGUUUUCCUAUCUGACAGUGGCAUUGAUGGUUUUAUUUUGGUUCAGUUGGUUGCCAUUUUUGAUGGUGGUGACAGCUAGCCAACUAGGCGUGGAUAUUCCAUUAAAAAACCUAGAUCUAUUUGCUAUCCGAAUAGCUGUUGUAAAUUCAAUGUUAAACCCAUUAGCUUGUGCAGCGUUAUGUAAACCGUAUCGUCGUGGUAUAUUAUUUUAUUUAAGAGUAAUGUGUUCAUACGCUGGAUUCCAAAGACCUGAUAGUGACAUUUGGGAUCCAUGGCGUCGGGGUACUGCAUCAACUGUGCGGAGAAAUACACGCAAAGCAAAAGAAAAUGAAGAUAGAGGCGAUCAAAGAAUACGAUCACUCACUGAUAUGGGUGGCAGCUCACUUACAGACUCUAUGGUUCCAACUGAUUACCAAAGACACAGAUUGCCCUCUGACCUUGAAACAUAUGAAUCAUAUCGCCAAAAAAGAAGGGAGUCAGUGCCAGAAUCUAAAAAGGAAGAAACAAAGGAAGAAAGAAGGCUAUCAACUUUACCAGAAAUUCAUCACGAAAUAGGAUUGCAAGAUAGCAAUUUACAAAUUUACAGCCAGCAACCAACAGCAUCGUCUAGUAGGUCUAUUGAUUCAGGCAUUGAUGGAAGUCCUGACACACCUCAUACAAAACAAGUUGAAGAAGGACCAAGUUCCAACAACAAUAAGCAAGGUUGUACGAAUGCUAAAGACGUUUUACCAGAAAAUUUAGAAAAUGAAAAAAAGAAUAAUCAACAUCAUAACAAGAAUUGCAUAAGAACGGAAGAAGGUUCAAAUGAAGCCUCGCCUGGUCAGAGAAGAAAAUUAAUGCUACUUGAUCGUGUACAAAAAUAUCUUGGUUCUAAACGUGAAACAGCAGAUGUGAGAAAUUCGUUGGAACUGCUUCGGUCAUCCAUAGCGUCGGAGAGAGAUCCGCUGAUUUGUCCUGAAGAUAUGGAAAGUCCGGUGAAUAACAAUGAUAUUUUUUCAAAAGGAUUUGAACAUAAUAAAGAAAUUAGUUUUGUUGAAAAUCUGAACACUCAAAAGACUGCAGAUCUUUCCGGGAAGGAGAGUGAGACAGCAGAUUGUCUGAAAAUAAAAACUCAUAUUGACGAAAGACGUGAAAGUCAAUCUUGCUCUAAUAUACCUGAUUUUGUAGAUAGCUACCCAUGUGGUGGAAGUGGUAUGCGAGAUUCUUGUGGCGAGACUAGGCCUCGGUCAUACUGUGAUAAAAUAAUCAACACAAAUAUUCGAAACAUGUGUAGAGAUUCAAUUAUUGAUUCUACUAGAAGUUCGGUUAUCGAUGGAAGGAAAGGGGAAUUAGAAUCUGAAACAUACGUCACUAGACCAAGAUGUUUUUCAGAAGGGGCUGGCAGUGAUGCAUAUACGAGCAGCAAUUUUAAAGGUAACGGAAACACUCGAGAUCUCGAUGUUUCAAUCAACAUGAUUGACUCUAUUACUAAAGAGUUGUUGGAUUUCUCUGAAACAAGUUUACACCUUGUGACAACAAGUACACAUGAAAAUACACCAAACAAAUACGAAAGAAAUACAAUAUACUUUUAAAUGUCAAAUUAUGUGAAAAAGUAAUUUCAUUUUGACAUAAAAAUCAAAGGAAUAGUGCACAUCACUAAAAAAGAAAUGUUUUACAGUCACAGAAGAUCUUAUAUACAUAUUCCUGUUGUUGGAUUCAAAACUGUUUCAAUGAGAAGAAAGGAAUGGGGAAGUAUGUAGUGAUUGCUGUGUGUAAAUCCAGUUACAACUUAACAUGUUGGUCUUUACAUUAAAAAGGUAGAUAUCAAUUGAAACAGACAUCACGAAGCUUAAGCAUAUCGUCAUACCAUAACAGAUGGGUGAUACAGUACAGUUGCUUUGCAACAGAACAUCAGUGAACUACUUUAGCUAAAAUUCAUUUACAUUAUGUUAUUGAAGUAUAUGUUAUUGAAGUAUACUUCAUCUUCUGUUAGCAAGAAAUUUUGCAAAUUAUCUAAAAAAUGUUUUAAUGCCAUUAUCUUGUUGCAUAUAAAGGCUUUUUAUGCGUUUUCUAGCAUUUCUUCUUAUCAAAAGUACUGUAACUAUUCUGGAGAAUAGAAAAAUAUUUUGUGUGCCGUUUAUAUAACAAUGUAUUUGCACAACCUUUUCAGUUGUUAUCAAACUGAUGUUUUACAAGCAAAAAUUAGUGCUGAAACAUUAUAUUGGAAAUUUGCGAAAGUUUGUGUUAAAUUCGAUCGAAAAAAUUAAGGUAAAAUUAUACUUCUUAAAUACACAGUGAGCUUUAAAUGAAAGAUAAAUUGCUGUAAGUAAUUAAUUUGUUCACCAAGAAUUUGCAUUUUUGCAAUUCUUUGUGAAUUUUUUUAAUUGGAACUGAGAAUGUCCUCAUGUUGCGUUUCAAAUAUUUUCUAUUGAGUUUCAGUAAAGUUUCAUCACUUUUCUUAUUAGCAUUUGAAGAAGACAUUUGUUGUUUUCUUGUUAUUUUUUUUUCUAUAAUUUUUUUGUGCAUAAGUCCAUGUUAUGUAUAGAUUUAUAUAUUUAUUAUUUCAUCUCUAAUAUCACAUUUGUUUUUUCUUGAAUUUCUCAAAAAUAGUUUCUUUUUCAUUUUAUAUUGUUAAUUUUUAACAAUUUA